AUGGCUAAAUUCAUUAAAUCAGGUAAAGUUGCUAUUGUCGUUCGUGGUCGUUUCGCUGGUAAGAAAGUCGUCAUUGUCAAGCCACAUGACGAAGGUACCAAGGCACACCCAUUCGCACACGCCAUUGUUGUUGGUAUUGAAAGAUACCCAUUGAAGGUCACCAAGAACUUAGGUGCCAAGAAGACUGCUAAGAGAACUAAGGUUAAGCCAUUCGUCAAAUUAGUCAACUACAACCACUUAAUGCCAACAAGAUACUCUUUAGAUGUUGAAUCUUUCAAGUCUGUUGUUUCAUCUGAAACCUUAGAAGAACCAACUCAAAGAGAAGAAGCUAAGAAAGUUGUCAAGAAGGCCUUAGAAGAAAAGCACCAAGCUGGUAAAAACAAAUGGUUCUUCACUAAACUUAACUUUUAA